AUGAUUGCGCUCAGAAGAAUUCUGAUGCACGCCCCAAGCUCUAGUGAAAUGCAUAUUUCAAACUCUGCCUUCGGGGAAUUCUGUCUUCAUUCUCUCCGGAGCUCGAUCAGAGAAUUGCGUGUUGCAACUGGACACUCAGUAGUAGCAUUCGUGCGGUCAAAUCUACCAACAGAUAUCCGUCGGGCCAAUUUCGUCGUUGUGCUUGAGUGGCUUAAAAAUCUUUCCGGAAAAGAUGAUAUGCCGUUACAGGAAGCUUGUAUCAUAACACUUUGUGGGCUGGCAAUUGUCUCGGAAGAUGAAGAGAAAAACAUCAUUCUCCUUCGACUCUUGGAGUACCUUGGUCAUCCAAACCCCUACAUCUGCGCCGUGGCUUACAACGAGUUAUCCAAACUUGCCCAACAGUUUUCCUUGACACCUGCUGGCCUCUUUCGGCCUUACUGGAGAACCCUUUCGGUAACUGUGGUCAAGAACCUCCAGUCUCGCCCGUAUAUGGCCGAACAGCUAUGUGAUUUGCUUGGCAUGAAGGUUGAUGGUUUCCUACGGUUGACAGAAGUCCACGUCUUGCCCUAUCUGGUUUUGACACGAAAACGAGACAUCAUUUGCAGAAUUGGGGCUAGUCGUAACGAAGGCGAGUCUGCUUUUGAUGUCUGCUCGGAGAAGAAUAACCUGGCUGCAAUCCUUGCUUUCCUGCUAUCCCAGCAGUCAGAAAACCCGGAGGGUAUGAUCAUGUCCCUUCUAGCAGAGAUAGAUCCUGCAUUCAAGGGUCGAUCUUUAGCGGAGUUGGUGCGGAUUGAGCCAAUUCUCAUUGCUUGUGACUUGCUAAAGAGUCUUGGCGAUGCAGGCGAGCAAAAGAAAGAGAGAUUCAAUCAAGCCCUCCAUCGAUUAGCCACGUUUGUUCCACGAAAGAUUGCACAUGGAGGUUCAUCGAAGAAAGCGGGUUUAAGUCACUUCAUCGAGGAGCACGUUCUCGGUAUUAUCACACAAUUCGCAAAUGCCAUUAACGACUUCCAAGUGCGACAGACGUUGGCGGAGAAGAGGCGAAACAUCAAAGCCAUCGAAGAAAUGAUCAAUAUCGCCCAAGGUCAUGUUAGCAGUGCAUUGCCACAGGUUUGUGCAUGUCUUCGAUCCGCGCUAGAGAUCGAGGAACUGUGUGAUUAUGCAUUUUCCGCGUGGAAAACAUUGAUCAGUUCUCUGAGUGAAGAGGACCUUGAGCCAAUAAUUGAUCAAACGCUAGCGAUUGUGAUCAGAUAUUGGAGUAAUCUGACCGAAGAGAGCAGAAACCGCGCAUGUCAACUCAUCGAUCAUAUAUUGACGAACCACUCAAGCCUAGUACAAGAUACCUUCAACACCAUGCCUUCCCUUGCGUCCAUUCCAGAGAUGGCUGCCUUUGAUGCUAAAAUAAAUGACCUGAGAGCGCAAAUGGACGUUCGAAGCCAGUUUCUGGCGUUAAUUCGUCGCUGUCAGAGUGAAAAUGCCACCGUUGUUGAGCAAGCUCUAAUGGAGUUAGCCCCUUUUCUGUCAGCAAAUGAGGAGUUUCUCCAUGACUCUGUUUUGAGUGAACAGCCAGACCCUGUGAUUGCUCAGCUAACUAGUAUUACUUUAUUGUCGGCUCGAUGUUUAGGGCUUGUUGGCUGUCUCGAUCCAAAUCGAGUUGAAACAAUUAAAGAAAAGAAGGAUAUACUUGUCUUGUCCAACUUCGAUAGAAUGGAAGAAACAGUCGCAUUCAUUCUUUUCUUCCUCCAACAUGUUCUGGUUGAGGCAUUCUUGUCUGCUUCCAAUACCAGGGCUCAGGGUUUUCUUGCAUGGGCCAUGCAAGGUCUGCUCAAAUUUUGCAAGCUGAAUGCGGUGUUAACCCAACGCUCUCGCGAUUUGCAAGGCGAUGAGAAGUAUCAACGCUGGAUGGAGCUUCCAGAAAGUGUUCGCAACACUCUUACACCAUUUCUUACGUCUACCUAUACGGUUACUGUUGUGACCAAUCACACCGAGGUCAAAUAUCCGCUCUUUUCCCCUAAAUUAACUCAUAGUGAGUGGCUUCGAACAUUGGUACAAGAUCUUCUACAAACUGGGAAUGGAGACAACGCAAAAAUGGUCUUCUCAAUAUCGAGUCGUGUUGUGAAGGGUCAAGACAUCUCCAUCUCUUCGUUCCUUUUACCAUUUGCGGUCCUGAACCGCAUCGUAGGAGGGACUGAACAAGAACAACAAAAUCUUCAACACGAAUUGAUGAGCGUUCUUUCGCAUCCUAUUCCAGAGACAAACAACAAUAUUCGUGAGACAAUCAUAAGCAGUAGCCAGAGUGUUUUCGAAGUGCUAGACUACCUGUCUAGAUGGCUGCAAGGGAAGAAAAAGCAUCUCAAUGGCCUCAACCACAAUUCCAACCAAACGACUCGUUCCCAUAAAGAUCCAAGUCGUGAAGCGCUCAUUGAUAAAUACUCAUCACAGAUCAAGUCUGUCGAAAAUCUCUUAUCCUCAAUACCACCGGAGAUUAUAUCCAGGCGAGCUGUUGAAUGUAAAUCAUUCUCCAAAGCACUUUUCCAUUGGGAGCAGUACAUUCGAAAAUGCAAGGUCCACGGAGAAUCACAAGAUCGAUCCAGCCUUGAACCUCUAUACCAAAGAUUACAAGACAUCUAUAGCCAGAUUGAUGAACCUGAUGGAAUUGAGGGCAUUUCAAGCCAUCUGUCCGCACUAGACAUUGACCAGCAGAUCCUUGAGCACCGGAAAGCAGGGAGAUGGGCGACGGCGCAGAGUUGGUACGAGCUACAACUCGAGAAGGAGCCUGACAAUGUCGAUGCACAAUGGAAUCUUGUGACCUGUCUCAAAGAAUCUGGCCAGCAAGAUGCUAUUCUCACUCGCUUUGAGGUUCUCAAAGAAAAUGAGUCAGCAGCUUCACGGUUUCUGCCCUUUGCAGUUGAAGCUUCGUGGAUAAUGAGCAGAUGGGACAAGCUGGAGGGUUAUCUUGAUCUUUGUGCCAAACAAGGAACUGAAGAGUUCAAUGUCGGGAUAGGCUCAGCUCUCGAUGCUCUUCGUCAAAAGCAACACGAACCAUUUACUGAUAAAAUAAACGAGCUCAGGCUCAACGUUGCCCGAUCAUUAACCACAAAUUCGGUGGCAUCACUACAAGCAUGCCAUGAUGACAUGCUCCGGUUACAUGCUUUGUCGGAGGUCGAAUCUAUUGCCAAACCACAAUCAGGUCAAUCGCGCUCAGGCUUGCUGUGUGCCCUAGACCGGCGAUUGGACGUUUUGGGUGGCUACCUUUCCGAUAAGCAAUACCUAUUGGGUUUGAGACGAGCCACAAUGGAGCUAGCGGGCGAGUUUGCGGAUUCUGAUAUAUCCGCUGCAUGGCUCACCAGUGCUCGUCUUUCAAGGAAAGGCAAUUUCAGCAGCCAAGCGUAUCACUCAAUGCUCAACGCAGCACGGUUGAAAGACAGAUCUGCUUCCAUAGAACACGCGCGACUCCUGUGGAAAGAUGGACACCAUCGAAAGGCCAUCCAGACCCUAGAGGGUGCGAUUUCUGCUAACGAAGUUACCCCGAGUACAUCUUCUUCGGUCGAAAUUGAAGCCAUAUCGUUUCUCUCGGGUCAUGGGCAGCAUCGGAAUGAAUCUACUGCUCUUGCUCAUCUGAUGCUGGCCAAAUGGACGGACAGGGCUGGUCAGACCCACUCUCAGGCCAUUGUCCAGAGAUAUCGAGAGGCUAUUAAGCUAUAUCCAAAGUGGGAAAGGGCGCACUAUUACCUGGGAAAGCAUUACAAUAAAAUUUUGGAGUCUGAGAAAGCUAAGCCUAUGGGAAAGGAAGCUCAGAUAUACUUGAGCGGAGAAGCUACAAAGCUUGUCGUCGACAAUUAUCUUCGCUCGCUGACAUAUGGAACCAAAUAUGUCUUCCAGACUUUACCCAAGCUUCUGACCCUCUGGCUUGAACAUGCCUCGAUUGUUGAGCAGCCCAUUGAUCCGAAGAGAGGAGAUAACGAAGAAUUCCAGAAACAUACACAAGCGCAACGGAAGAAGAGCCUUGAUGAGAUGCAUGCACAACUGAAAAAAUUCAUCGACAAACGCUUGCAAGCGGCUCUUUUGUUCACAAUCCUACCCCAAGUGGUUGCCAGGAUUUGUCACCCUAAUAUCACAGUCUAUGAUCUGUUGACGCGCAUUGUAGCCAAGGCGGUUCACAACUUUCCACAGCAAGGUCUCUGGACAGUCCUCGCCGUUGUCAAGUCCUCGAAUAAAGAGCGAGCUAAAAGGGGAUAUAAUUGUCUACAGAGAAUCAUGGACUAUGGUAACAAGUCAAAGGGAGAAUCCUCAACGGCGUCGGAAAUCCGUCGCAUGAUCACUCAAGGUACAAAGUUCUCAGAGGAACUACUCCAACUCUGCCUUGCUCCGGUGGAGGAAAAGUCAUCUCGAGUUCAACUUGGCCGCAAUCUAGGGUUUAAUCAUAAAGUUGCGCCAUGUCGAUUAGUAGUGCCUUUCCAGGCAAUGUUGAUCCCAAGUCUCCCUGCCAGUCAGAACAUUGAAUAUAUCAAAGGAUUCAGGGCCUUUCCUCGAGAUCCAACAACCAUUGAGGCUGUUUUGGAUGAAGCACAAAUUUUGAACUCGCUUCAAAAGCCACGCAAAAUCAGCUUACGAGGAUCCGAUGGGAAGAUAUACAACGCACUUUGCAAACCCAAAGACGAUUUGCGCAAGGAUCAACGCCUCAUGGAAUUCAACAAUAUGAUCAACCGGUUCCUAAAGAGAGACGUCGAAUCAAGCAAGCGACGCAUGUACAUCAAAACAUACGCCGUAACGCCUCUAAACGAAGAAUGCGGUCUUAUUGAAUGGGUUGAUAACCUCCGCACACUGAGAGAGAUCGUCAUUAAGUUGCUGCGCGAAAGAGGCAUUUCACCAAACUACAACGAUAUCAGGCAUAAUUUGAAUGAAAUCUGCGCUGAUCGAUCAUUCGCAAAGUUGCCCUUAUUUACAACUAAUAUUUUGGCCAAGCUCCCGCCGGUUCUGCAUGAAUGGUUUAUCGAGAUGUUUCCUGAAACAGAGGCGUGGUUUACAGCGAGACUGAGGUAUACACGGUCUUCUGCUGUGAUGUCAAUGGUGGGAUACGUUCUUGGUCUGGGCGAUCGACAUGGCGAAAACCUUUCAUUCGAAGAAGGAACAGGUGGCCUCCUACAUGUUGAUUUCAACUGUCUCUUUGACAAGGGUCAAACGUUUGAAAAGCCCGAAGUGGUACCAUUCCGACUGACUCAUAAUAUGAUCGAUGCCUUUGGCGCUUACGGUUACAAUGGUCCCUUCAGAAGGACUUGUGAAAUCACGCUCAGCUUGCUGCGACAGAACGAGGAUGCCUUAAUGACUGUACUCGAGACAUUUUUGCAUGAUCCAACAACCGAUUUCAUUGGGAAAAGACGUCGCACCCAUGUGAAUGUCCCGGACACACCGGCUGGCGUUUUGGAAGAUGUUCGAAAUAAACUCCGUGGCUUCAUGUCUAAGCAGCCCAUUGCACUUUCGGUGGAUGGUCAAGUGGAUGAAUUGAUCAUACAAGCCACGGAUAAGAAGAAACUGGCGUCAAUGUACAUCGGAUGGUGUUCGUUCUUCUAA